UUACUUUAUAAAAUACAUCUUUCUUUUUUAGGUAAUGUUGUUUAAUAAAACUAAUAUAUAUGGCAAAAUUAUAUUAGAUUUGUUUACUGUUUGUGGAGUGUGAGUGUACAUCACAGUGUCACAUGGAGAUCAGCAGGCAACUUUCAGGAGUCAGUUCUUCUGUCACAUGGGUCCUGGGGUUCAAACUCAGUUCAUCAGACUUGGUGGGAAGCACCUUUAUCUGCUGAGCAAUCUCACUGGCCCAAAAGGCACAAUUUUAUUACCCUGCUGAUUUAAAUAGUCUUUUAUUUCUAUAAAAUACUUUCAUAGUAUGGAAAGGAUAAACUUAGAUUAAAAGUUUGUGUUUCUAGCUGGGACUGGUAGAACAUAUUCGAGGUACCAGGACUUCAGAGGCAGAGGCUGAAGAAUGUCUCCUAUGAGUUUUGGUGAUAGGAGCUGCCGUUAAUAAAAUGUGAUGCCCUGGCCUACGUCUUCAAGGAAUUCUAGUUAUACCGAGGGUGGUGUGCUUGUGUACUGGGUUGUGACCUCCAUUAGCGGUCCAUAGAAAGAGCUGGGGUAGAGAUGAGGAAGCAGUUGGGAGGAAGUGGAUGACAAAGUGUUACAACAGUACUAGUCUUAGGGAAAUGUUUGACGAUGAUUUCUAUUCUGGUGUACUGAGAAGCAAAGACAGAUGGAAUAAAUGAACCAGAGAAGUCAGCUAGGGCAAAGCACACAGUGAAUUGGGUUUUUUGUUUUUUGUUUUUUUUUAUCUAAGAAACCCCGAGAUUCUCCUUUAUUUUCCUCAGUUAUAUCCUUAAUUAAUCAGUCCUGAGUUACAGCUUCAAAUGAAAAAACAAACAAAAACAGGCUGGAGAGAUGACUCAGUGGUUAAGAGCACAGACCUCUUUUUCCAGAGGUCCUGAGUUCAAUUCCCGGUGGCUCACAGCCAUCUGUAGUGGGAUCCAAUGCCUUCUUCUGGUGUGUCUGAAGAGAGCAACAGUGUACUUACAUACAUUAAAUCUUAAAAAAAAGAAAAAACAAAAAAAGCAAAACGUGGUGCUUUUUUGCCAGUUUCACCUGCUGAUAUACAGUUUUGUUGUGUUUGUACAGAGUUGGAUAAUUCUAGUACUUUCCAACAGGGUCUUAAACUUCUUUCACUUGGACACCAGAUAUAUACAUAAACUAGAUAUAUAGAUCAAGCCUUUACUAAUGAUGAGUCAUAAUUCUUUUUUUUUUUUUUUUUUUUUUUUGGUUUUUCGAGACAGGGUUUCUCUGUGUAGCCCUAGUUGUCCUGGAACUCACUUUGUAGACCAGGCUGGCCUCGAACUCAGAAAUCUGCCUGCCUCUGCCUCCCGAGUGCUGGGAUUAAAGGCAUGCGCCACCACGCCCGGCAUAAGUCAUAAUUCUUAAAAACAAUUCUUUGGCAUGCAUUUGAUCUUACUGUUUGUUAAACUGAGAGUAGGGCUAAGGACAUAGCUCAGAAGUACAGUGCCUGGCAUUGGAAUCCACACUAAUUAAGGGAUUAAGAUUAGAGAGAUGUAUGUGCUAAUAAGGUAGACACUUUUAAAAAAAAUUUACAGUGUGUAUGAGCUGGUUAGUCUUUAUUGUCUUCUUGACAUAGCCUAGAGUCACUUGAGAAGAGGUGACCUCAACUGAUGAAUUUCCCAAGGAGAUUGGCUUGUCUGUGACCAUGUGUUUGAAAUUGCCAUGACUGAUGUGGAGGGCCCAGCUCACUCUGCGUGGUGCCAUCCCUAGGUAGUUGGGUCUGGGCUGUAUAAGAACCUAGUUGAGCAUGAAUCAGAUUAAUCUCUAUGUCUUCUGAUUCAGUUUUUGCUUGUGCUCCUUCCCUGGCUUACGCUGUAGCCUGUACGAUGGAAGUAAACCCUUCCUCUCUAAGGAAUCAUGUUUGUCAUAGCAACAAGAAGCAGCGUGUGGGGGUGAGGGGAAGGGAGGGAGAGAGAGCGAGCAGCAGAAUGCCUGUGCUAGUUUAUAGCAUGAAUAUGGAGAUAGGAUAAUUUGUGUGGGACUUGGUUCUCUUCUACCGUAUAGGGUCUGUAGAUGGAACUCUGGUCAUCAUCACAUUUGACAACAGUACCCUUAGCCUCUGAGCUAUCUAACUUGCCUGUGCUUACAUUAUAUUAAGAAAUCCUGGCUAAAUAUUUGCUAGUGUAGCUCAUAGAGCAUCUUCAUUGUUUUUCAGAGGUGAUAAAAUUUGAUUUUUAUAAUUGUUUGUGCUAAAAAUAUCAUUUCACAUAUAUAAAUAGUACAAAUAUAGUACAAAUGAUAACAUAAUACUUGGGGCCGUCUCAGAAAUUGUUCUAAAUUCUCUCUUGAUCCCAAGCUAGGAUAUUAUUAAGUGAUUUUUUUUUUAAUGAAACAUAACUUAGAAACUCACACAGCAGUUAGGGGAGCCACAUGUGAAGGCACAGGAAUGUGUGCAUGGCGAGGUCAGAAGUUGGCGUUGGGUGUCUUCCCUCUAUCACUCCCCACUCCGUUUUGAGUCAGGCCAUUUCAUUGAACAUGGAACUUCCAGUUCAUCUAGACUGGCUGGCCAGAAACGCCCAGGGGUCUUUCUAUCCCUGCUUCCCCAGUGCUGGGAUUCCCUGUGUGAUCUGCUGAGCCCAGCCUUAUUACAUGGGCUUUGGAGAGAAGCCUCUGGUCCCAUGCCAGUACAGCAGCACUUUACCAAGUAAGUCUUACUGGUUUGAUUCUAAUCAAGCAUUCCAAGCAAGUACGGUCCAGAGAUAUGCUAAUUUGAUAGUUACGUGCCAAUUAAAGUCUGUUUUCUUUAAUUAAACCACUAUGUUUUUAUAGUAGCUGAAAACUUGGUGUGUACGGGUAAAAACAAAAGCAGACUACAGUUCAUUACAUGCAGUAGUCUGAGAUGAGUAGUUUCAGGUAAUGAUUACGUUGCUUAGCAUGAGGUCACACACAGUAAAAUCAGCUGAUGCGUGCAUUACAGGUGAGCACAGCCAGAGCCUCAGAUGGGCUGUGCUUGACUCGGGCGUCAGUUUUGGUGGUUGAGCUUUUAGAACCCUGUUACUGCCCAGCUUUCCUCUCAACCACAUUCAGCCCUGUGACCCCUGAGUUGUAAGUAGUUUUCCCACGCCAUUCUCAGGACAUUGUAGUCCUUCUGUUUCUGCCCUUUUAUUGUUAUAGCCUGAGCUUUCCCUUCAUUUGUUACACGGCUGUGGUACCCUUUCUUCCACCCUCUCCAGACUUUCUAAACUACAUGUUUUUUUCCUUCCUUACUAAUUUCUUCUCCAAUUUCCUAUGAAAAGUCUCUAAUCCUCUUUCUCAGAAUUAUUUGAUACUGCAAACCUAUAUGUAAAAUAAAUACAAAGGAACCUAACAGUUGAAAAUAGGAUUCUGGGGGCUGGAGAGAUGGCUCAGCAGUUAAGAGCACUGACUGCUCUUCCAGAGGUCCUGAGUUCAAUUCCCAAUAACCACAUGGUAGCUCACAAACAACAAUCUGUAAUGAGAUUUGAUGCCCUUUUCUGGUGUGUCUGAAGACAGCUACAAUGUACUUACAUAAAAUAAAUAAGUCUUUUUUUAAAAGAAAGGAAAAGAAAAGAUGAGAUUCUGUUUUAUCAAGCUAGUUAGUCAGUACUCCUUCAAAGGCUUGGUCAGGCAUUCAGCAGCAGCACCUGUUAAUUGAUUAAGAACGAAAGUGUUCUGGUUAAUUGACCGCAGACCUUUUGACUGUCUGGGACCUCAGCAGUCUGACCUUCCUGGUAAACUGCUUUACAUUAUACAGCCGUUCCAAUCAGACAAAUUGGCCCAGAAUAUAUUUUUUUGAUAAUCAGUCUAAGAAAUCUGAAGUAACAAGUCAUACUUAAAAGGUUUUUUGGCUAAUAGUAAUUAAUGAUUAUUGAGUCAUUCUAGGCGCCAGCCUCUUUGCUAAGUCUGGAGGCUUUAUCUGAAUUCUAUAAAGGUUAUAACACUGGAUUGAAUGUGUUCAUUAUCACACAUUAUCAAAACCAAAAUUUUAAUUACUGCAACUAAUUGUAAGGCUGGCUAUAUUUUUGAUAGGUAGGAAUAAAGUGUCUACUUAAAUUUCUUUUUAAUACAGCUUGAUAAACUUCUUGAUGUUGACUUUUCAAAGUGCAAAACAAAGUUUUAUUCUGUUUUAUGUUGAAUAUCUUAAUUUAAAUGAUGGUUUUUAAGAUACUAUAUUUAACUUUUAUAUAUAAGACUUAAUUUACAUAUAAUAAUUAUACAUAUGUCUUGUACAGUGUGACAUGUAUGUAUGUAUGUAUGUAUGUAUGUAUCUGUGCCUGUCCAUACACAUGCAUACAUAUAAAAUAUGCAAUGACCAGAUCAGGCUGAGUAUACUACUCAGGUAGACGCUAGGGUUUUUGUUUUAUUUUCAUAAAACAUCCAUUUUAAAGUGGAAUACAUAAAGCAUUCUGUGAUAUGCCAGACCUUAAGAACAUUGGAUAAAUAAAAAUUUAAAAUUAAAUAUUUACUUAUGAUACAGAGACAUUCUUAAUAAUUAUCAGCUUUUACAUAAAAAUUUAGUAAAAUAUUUCUCAGUAAUUAUCCCAUAAAUGAAGUGCUUGGAUGAUGCAGCAGGUGCUCGAGAAGUGCGUGGCAUUUUAUACUUCACCUUGGUCGUCGUCCUCCUUCCUUUGCUCGUAGUUCUUUUCUUAGUAAGACUGAUGAAGUACAUUUCUCUUCUGCCAGUGCUGCUUUGGCUGUUUAAAUUGACAUCCUUCUUUAAAUAUGAUUUUCACAUAAUACUUUAUAUUAAAGUAAAUAACUUGAAAUAUAUCUUUUCAGAUUAUCAGAUCUUUGAGCAGAGAAAGUAGAUGUGCAAGACGUGAUUGCUAACAGGGAAUCUAUGAGCAUCCGUUUGCCUUUUCUGUUGCUCUCCUUUACAUCUGAUUUUUGGGUGUUCGUACAAUCUGAAAAUAUAAAAGACACACGGAUCUCUUCACUGUCCAUUUCCCAGCAUUCCCAUUUUCCUUCCAACAACUGCAAGGUUUGGUAUUAGAUUUCUUGGGGACAUGUUUUAUGCAUAUGUACAAACAGACAUGUUUUAAAUUUCUUUAAUGCUAAUAGUGGAACACUUGUGUUUUCUUCUUUUUACAUUCAGUGGAGAUUUUUGACAUGGUGCCAUAUUCCUAUAUUUAAGACAGAGCUUCCUUACUUGCUUUCUAGCCACAUCAUAUUUGAUUGUAUGAAACAAAUUUAUCCAGUCCUAUUAAUAGGGUAUUUUUUAUUGUUUGUGGACUUCUGCUACUACAAACAUUGCAAUACACACCUUUGUGCAUACUUUACUUCAUGUGUGCCAAUUAGAUCUGGAGGGCACAUGUGUAGAAAUUUAAGAUAGGUGGAUUUGUAACUGCCAGCUCUCUCUCUCCUUGUUUGGUAAUGUUCUUUUUGGACCUACAUUGAGCUGAAGUCUCAUUAUUCUGGUGUAGUCCAGUGUCCCAGUCCUGUGAGUGCUAGGGUUGCAGGCAUAAGGAGACCUGGGUAGUUUACACAUCUAUAUAGUUUGAGAUUUUUACCUCUAUAGGAAAAGUUACCAUAAGCGUAUGAAUUUUUACUUUGGCAUUGUGCUAUACUGGCACAGCAUGAUUUUUGUUAAGAGGAGAAAAAUGAAUAUUCUUGUGUUCAGACUCUAUAAAGUAUAGUCUUUUUUUUUUUUAGUAAAACAAAAAUAACCAUUUACAGUGUAAGUGCCUAUAUGUAAAAUUACUUAAAGUAAUGAUAUAACAAGAAUAAGACAAGAUUCUUGUGUGUUAAAAUUCUCUAAUUUUAAAAAAUAUGGAAAAAAUAUGGUCACGAAAUUCUUAACUGCUUGAGGGUCAGCAUCACAGGCUAUAAAAAUAAACUGGUGAAAAAAUUAAAUUGCUACCAGACCUUUUUUCAUUUCUUUUGCAUUUAAUAAUGAGUCCUAAAGUCAAAAUGCUUUCAAUAUGCCUUUAAUCCUUCAAGAAAGUAAACUACUUUGAAAUUAAGUUUUAGAAAUAUAGUUGAGUAGAACCUAAACAAUUCACAAUGCCAACUUUCAGUUCUGCUGAAAGCAGGAAGUGUAUUACUGACAAGCAGAAAUAUUCCAGCCCAAAGAACAUCCCUACUGCCAUAUGUGCGAUUGAGAAGAUUGUCUACCAAAUAUAGAACAGAAAAGAUUUAUCCCACAGCCACUGGAGAAAAAGAAGAAAAUGUUAAAAAGAACAGAUAUAAGGACAUACUGCCAUUUGAUCACAGCCGAGUUAAGUUGACUUUGAAGACUCCAUCCCAAGAUUCAGAUUAUAUCAAUGCAAAUUUUAUUAAGGGUGUGUAUGGGCCAAAAGCAUAUGUGGCAACCCAAGGGCCUUUGGCGAAUACAGUCAUAGACUUCUGGAGGAUGAUAUGGGAGUAUAAUGUUGUGAUCAUCGUGAUGGCCUGUCGAGAAUUUGAGAUGGGAAGGAAAAAGUGUGAGCGCUACUGGCCUUUGUAUGGAGAAGAUCCUAUAACAUUUGCACCAUUUAAAAUUUCUUGUGAAAAUGAACAAGCAAGAACCGACUACUUCAUCCGAACACUUUUACUUGAAUUUCAAAAUGAAUCCCGUCGGCUCUAUCAGUUUCAUUACGUGAACUGGCCAGACCAUGAUGUUCCUUCGUCAUUUGAUUCUAUUCUGGACAUGAUAAGCUUAAUGAGGAAAUACCAAGAACAUGAAGAUGUGCCUAUUUGUAUUCAUUGCAGUGCAGGCUGUGGACGAACAGGUGCUAUUUGUGCCAUAGAUUACACGUGGAACUUACUGAAAGCAGGGAAAAUUCCAGAGGAAUUUAAUGUAUUUAAUUUAAUACAAGAAAUGAGAACACAGAGGCACUCGGCAGUACAAACAAAGGAGCAGUAUGAACUUGUUCAUAGGGCUAUUGCUCAACUGUUUGAAAAACAGCUACAACUGUAUGAAAUUCAUGGAGCACAGAAGAUCGCUGAUGGUAAUGAAAUUACCACUGGAACUAUGGUCAGUUCCAUUGAUAGCGAGAAGCAAGACUCUCCUCCGCCAAAGCCACCGCGGACUCGAAGUUGCCUUGUAGAAGGGGAUGCCAAGGAAGAAAUACUACAGCCACCAGAACCUCACCCGGUGCCACCCAUCCUGACGCCAUCACCUCCUUCAGCCUUCCCAACCGUUACCACUGUGUGGCAGGACAGUGACAGGUACCACCCAAAGCCAGUGCUGCACAUGGCCUCACCAGAGCAACACCCAGCCGACCUCAACAGAAGCUAUGAUAAAUCAGCGGACCCAAUGGGGAAAAGUGAAUCAGCUAUUGAGCACAUAGAUAAGAAGUUAGAGCGCAAUUUAAGUUUUGAGAUUAAGAAAGUCCCUCUCCAAGAAGGGCCCAAAAGUUUUGAUGGGAACACACUCUUGAAUAGGGGACAUGCGAUUAAAAUUAAAUCUGCUUCAUCUUCUGUAGUUGACAGAACCUCUAAACCACAGGAGUUAAGUGCAGGUGCCCUAAAGGUUGAUGAUGUAUCUCAGAAUUCUUGCGCGGACUGUAGUGCGGCUCAUUCACACAGAGCUGCUGAGUCGUCAGAGGAGUCCCAGAGCAACUCACACACACCUCCACGGCCAGACUGCUUGCCUCUCGAUAAGAAAGGACACGUAACGUGGUCACUUCAUGGACCUGAAAAUGCCACACCUGUACCCGACUCACCUGACGGCAAAUCCCCAGAUAAUCAUUCUCAGACUCUGAAAACCGUGAGUUCCACACCCAACUCCACCGCAGAAGAGGAAGCCCACGAUCUUACAGAGCACCACAACAGCUCCCCUCUGUUGAAAGCUCCCCUCAGCUUUACCAACCCUCUUCACUCUGACGACUCGGACUCAGACGGAGGGAGCUCUGAUGGUGCUGUGACCAGGAACAAAACUAGCAUUUCAACAGCAAGUGCCACAGUGUCUCCUGCCAGUAGUGCUGAGAGUGCUUGCACUAGGAGAGUAUUGCCGAUGUCCAUUGCCAGACAGGAAGUAGCAGGCACGCCGCAUUCAGGUGCUGAGAAAGAUGCUGAUGUUAGUGAGGAGUCGCCUCCUCCUUUACCUGAACGAACUCCUGAGUCUUUUGUAUUAGCAGAUAUGCCUGUAAGACCUGAGUGGCAUGAACUUCCAAAUCAGGAGUGGUCUGAACAAAGGGAAUCUGAAGGCUUGACAACCUCUGGAAAUGAAAAACAUGAUGCAGGGGGCAUCCACACAGAGGCUUCUGCAGACUCUCCACCUGCUUUCAGUGACAAGAAAGAUCAAAUAACAAAAAGUCCAGCAGAAGUCACAGAUAUUGGUUUUGGUAAUCGCUGUGGAAAACCUAAAGGACCAAGAGAGCCACCUUCAGAAUGGACAUGAUGCAGGGAGUGAAAGGACACUUCACAUUAUACUGGAACACUCAAGUGCCACUGAAAGCCAGGCUUAUAGUAUUCCAUCUUUAAAUGUGGGACUGAUAGCAGUGUAGAUUGUUACCUUAAUGUUUUUGCUGGGACCAUCUACCUGCCUUAUACUACACUUAGGAAAAAGUAUUAUAUUGUUUAUUUUGUAACUUCAAGUAUUAUUGCCUUAAUGUCUCUUAACCCUGUUACAAGCUGCUUGUAGACCUGUUAAUAUAGUAAUACUUUUAUGAUAAAUUGAGUUAAAGGACUACUCUUUUGCUGUUUUAUCAUGUAUGCAUUAUUUUGUAUAUGUACAGGGCAAGUAGGUAUAUAAUUUGAUAAAGUCCUAAAAUAUUAUUAACAGAAGAUGUAAGAAUUUCUGCAUGGUCUAAGUCUUUGUGUAUCUUACUUGUAAAUUAUUUGCCCUGAAGUUUUAGAAAACAGUUUCUGAAUUUUAAACUUGCUGGAUUCAUGCAGCCAGCAUUGCAGGUUAUCAGAGAUCAAAGAUUGUAAUAAUAAUACAUUUUGUAAAUUGUAAGCAAAAAGUUAUUUUUAUACUAUAUACUGUCUAAUUGUUCAUCCUAAUGGUUCUUGUUUUCAUCUAGUCAUGGAGAUUCAGUAAGUGCCUUGGAACAAUAUUGAAUUCUCUUAGCUCGUGUGUGUUACUUUAAAAUUUGAAUUCAACUGGGGUUAGAAGACUAUCAGAAUAUAUGUAUGUUUCAGGAUAUUUGACCUGCCAUUAAAAAAACAAACAGUUUUACACUGCUA